AUAAAUAAUUUGACAACAAUAUUUCAUAAAAAAAGCCAAUACAACCAAAAAAUAUUUCAUAAUUUUCGAAGUCAACGGACAGACAGAAGCGUGUACAAGCCUCUCCUCGAAUAGUGGAAUAUAGAACGGAAAACGGAAGCGUAAUUUAAUAUUACAACAAAGCCACAGGAACAUCAGCAGAGCCCAAAGGAUCAAGCCAGUAACCACAAUGCCCAAAUGCAACAAUUUAGAAUUGCGUGAUGUAUCAAGUUGUACGUCAUCGAAAAAACUGACCCGCUGUCGCUCGUUUCAUUUUCGUUAUUUGGAAUUGUGUCGAGCAAAAAAUCUAACCCCAUUAACGGAUAUUAAGGCGAAAAAUAAUUGUACCUCCUCGCUGGAUUUCUAUGGUGAUAAAUUAGAUGUCAACGAUUGGUUGCUGAUCGUGGAGGCCCUCUACUAUGAUCAGGUGUUGCAGACAUUAGCCAUACGCAUGCGCAAAACUUUUGCAAUGGUUCUCGAACACUUGGAUACGGAAAAGAAAGCCCGUCUCUUUCGGCAGAAGCCAGUGUUGUUUACGAAAUUUAUAUUUUCUGGAGUUGUGGAAGCAAUUUCCAAUUGCAUUCAAUACAACAAGAACUUACGUGUGCUAAUACUUGAAGGUCUGCCAUUGAAUGAGAAAUAUGUCGAAUCUAUAGCAAAGGCUUUAUCGUCCAAUGAAAGCUUAAACGAUAUAAGUUUUCAACGUUCCAAUAUUGGCGACAAGGGUUGCGAGGCCAUUUGCAAUACAAUUAAAUAUUUAGAGAAUGUAGAGAAAUUAAAUUUAUCGGAAUGUGAAUUGACAACAAAGGGUGCCGAAUAUGUGGCCGAUAUGGUGAAAAUACAGAAAAUAAGUCGUUACACUGAAGGCUGGCAAAAAUCUCUGCGUUACAGAGAUGUCGAUCCUGACACAAUGCCAGGAUUGAGAUCUCUUACAUUGGCACGCAAUCCCCAAAUCGGCGACGAGGGUAUAAAACCGAUAGUGGAAGUAUUAAAGGAAGAUGUGUGGAUAAAGGUCAUUGAUAUGGAAAAUUGUGGCCUUACUGAUCGUGCAGCAAAUUUAAUACUCGAUUGUUUGGAGCUCAAUAAUUAUAUAAUUGAUUUCAAUGUACGUGGCAAUGCGGGUAUCAGUAAAUUUCUACAGCGUAGCAUACGCGAGCAGUUGGGUAAAGAAGAUGAAGAUCAAUUGCUGUUGGCUGAGAAAAAUCAUGAGUUGGUACCAGGACCUAAUGGGACAAUGAUCAAACGUCCCAAAAUAACCAUUGCAGCACUUAAGGAACAAAUUAAAACACUCGAAGAACAACUUGAAUUUGAACGAAUGUUACGUAAAAAAGCCGAACAGUUAAAUGAUAAAUUAAAUCAACAAAUUCUCGCCUAUGAAAGUCAAUUGGAAAGCAAAAUGAAUUCACAAAUACCCGAUGGAUAUGUACUGGUCAAGGAUGAGUCAUUGCAAUCAAUCAUAAGAGAGCGCAACGAUUUUCAAAAAUUGGCCAAUAGCGUUGCCGGCAGUAAUGACGAAGCCACUCCUCGUCAAACCGCCCACCGUUUGCAGCAGUCAAUGGAAAACGAACAAGAAGAAUAUGAAACUAUUUCCAUUCCUUUCAAUAGCAUUUCUUCUAAAACCAGCGAACAAACCUUAACACCAAAAGAGUCGAGAAAAUCACAUAAAGUUCGCAAAGUAAAAAGUGAAAUGAAAUAUGUUGAAUCACCACCUAAGGAUUCGGCGAAACGUAAAAUCUCCAAAUCGGAUCAUGAAUUUUCCAACGAAAGCGAUGGCAAUAUGACAACCAUUCAAAUUGAGAGCAAUAUUGGGGACACUUUGUCGAAUAACACAAGUCGCAGUACCGUCUCGACAGUUAUAAAUACACGAAUGCAAUUACGAAGUGCCAAAAAGAAUAACGUGAAUUUUUACAACAACAAUAAUGCCGAUUGCAACAUCAACAACAAUAUUUUAGUAAAAAAUCUUAACAAAAACAACAAUCAUAAUUCCAAUAUAAAUCUAAAGAAACUAGAAUUAGAUGACCUCUCGAUGGCCACUCCAAGAAGUACAAAUAGCGAAAUCAAUUCUACUUCCGAUUCAGACACAUUGCGUAAUGAUUUAGUGGAUAAUUAUCAACCGUUAAAGGUAUUCAUAAGACGUGGUAAAAAAUCCCCAGCAAUGCCUUUGACACCAAUACCAAUGUCACCAAGAAGUGCUAAUGAUGAUAUGGAGCCAAAUGAAACGGAUAACUAUUUGAAUAAUCGAAGAAGUAAACGUGAAAAAUCACCGCGUUCGUUGUUCUUUGGUUUGGGUGAUGAGUAAGAAGAUGUAUGAAGUUCUUGCAGUGGUCCCAUAUAUUCACCGACACGAGGAGAGAGCUUUUGUGCUAUGAAAAUUGUCUGUGUAAAUAAUAUAACAAUAUCAUUGAUUCGAAUGUGUCGGUUAUGCCAUAAUAGAUAUAUAAAUAAAUCUUAUUUUUCUAUAAAAA